GGAGAGAGCGAGAGAGUGCGCAGCUGUAACCUACCAAAGAGCGGUGUUGCACUUUCUGAAGCACAUGGAUUUUAAGGUGAUAGCCUACUUAAGAGUGUAAACGUCGUGCGCUCUAUUGAACAGACCCAAGAAUGUGAUAUUUGAACAGACCGAUGCAGUUGAUAAGGACAGCGAAUUUGUUUUGGGAUUGUAUUUGGCUACUUUAAUAGCCUAUUAGGCUACUUUUACAAACGGCCAUACCACUGCCAGGAUACCUUCAUAGUCUAUCUGAUUGAAAUGGUGCAAUGUUCCGAAGGAUACUCCAACGCGUUGACUUUUGGUUGAUUUGGGUAACAGUUGUACUAUGUGGAGCUUCUGGUGCAGGAGCGCACAGUUGCCAUGAGGUUAAAACGGCUUUCCAAUUGCGCCAGAUCGGCUCGUUGAAAUGGGUCCCCGAGGCACCUGGAACAGAUGGCGAGCUGCAGAUCUGCAAGCACCCAGGCCCGUCAUGUUGCACACGCAAGAUGGAGGAGAGUUACCAGGCAGCAGUGCGCAGAGAGACUCUCCAGAACAUCCGUUCCUACAGCUUUGAGCUCAAGUACCUCAUUGUGGGCCAUUCCUCUGCCUUCCAGGGUAAGGAUAUGGGGGGCCUGUGGGACAGGGCGAGGAGAGGGGAGUGGGAUGAUGCCAAGGCCAGAGUGUCAGCCAACAUUACGGCAGACCCCCAGGGCCAGGACUGA